CAAAGAAGAUAUGGAUUUGUACAAAGAGAAAAAAGCGUUAUACAAGUUUGCGUUGAGGGAACAAUGGGAGUAUGUGGGCGAGGUAUGUAAGGAUGCGAGGCAGUUCGUGCUUCCGAUCAAUAACGGUGGAGACACGGCGUUGCAUUUGGCAGUGCACAGUGGAAAAGAAGAACCUUUAAAAACCUUUCUUGCGCAGGUGAUGGAGAUGGAGUACACAGAGCAUUGGAAGAGCUACGUUGAAAACACACCUCUACAUGAAGCUGCCAGUGUAGGGAAUUUGGGUGCUGUUAAGCUCUUGGUUGAGUUAAGGAAGGAGGAUUUGUUGGAGGUGAACAUUUGGGGUGAAACGCCUUUGUAUAGUGCAGCCAGAUAUGGGAAACUUGACAUCGUUCAAUAUAUUUUGAAUGAUUGUGAAGAUUUUUACGCUCGAUCUUCCCUAAACUGGACGGCAAAGGGUACUCCAAUCAUUCAUGCAGCCAUUCAAAGCGAGAACUUCGAGAUGGUUAUGAUGUUGGUGGAUUUCGACAAGUCACUGUUGGAGAUGAAGGAUACAAACAACAAGACGGCUCUCCACGUGCUGGCCAAUAUGCCACACAUUUUUGAGAGUGGAUACGUCAAGGGAUUUUGGGCGGAAUUGAUCUAUUAUUGGCUUCCCAAGGACCCAACUUACGACUUUAAUUUUUGUAAAUUUGGCUAUGUGAACAACAAUGACUCUACAAGUUUAAGUAAUAAAGACAAGAAGUUUGAAGAUUUAGAAGCCGGAUUUGACUCUAAACCUAAACAUAAUUGGUGUUUUAAAUGGAGUAAAUACCUUGGACAAAGUUCGAAGAGGUUGUUGGGGAGAUUCAUCGUGCGAGGGUGGCUUGAAUGCAAAGAGCUGUACAUGAAAAAGAAAAAACAUAAAUUAAUUCUAAGAAUCACGGAAAUGCUAGUGGACAUAGAUUUAUCAUGUUACCAGGAAAAACAGAAGCCCGACAGCACUCUAAUUGACAGAUCAGAAAAGGCAAAAGAACCUAUCGUGGAUGGUAAAAGUAUUGAAUACAAGGACCACCAUGAGACGCCACUGUUACUGGCCGCAGCCAGGGGAAUAAUAGAAGUGGUUGAAAGGAUCAUCGAAGCCCACCCAGAGGCUGUGGACUACGUGACGGAAAAGGACAGAAACAUUCUGCAUGUGCUCAUUGCACACCGACAACUCAAGAUCUUUGAAUGGAUUCAACGCCAGAAACUUAUCAUGCACAGACUGACCAGGAGGAUCGACGUGUUGGGCUACACAGUAUUGCACCAUGUUGGAAUCACUAAAUUCCUCAGUCAAUCCACCCUUGGUCCAGCAAUACAACUUCAACAUGAGCUGGAGUGGUUCGAUCGCGUCCACAAUGUGCUUCCGCUCCUUUACAACAUGCAAUAUAGCAAGAACCAGUGGAAUCCACGCGAGUUCUUCGAUGAAACUCACAAGGAUAUGCUUGAUAAAGCCAAAGAAUGGAUCAAGAAAACCUCCGAGUCUUGCUCUGCUGUUGCUGUCCUCAUGGCCACUGUCGCCUUCGCCGCUGCCUUCACUGUCCCCGGUGGACUCAACUCCAAAACUGGCUCUCCGAUUCUCCUCUCUGAUCCUAUCUACCUGUUUUUCGCCGCCUUGGACAUCACCUCCCUCAUCUCAUCGCUCUCCUCCUUAGUUCUGUUUCUCUUGAUCUUGACCUCGCCUUUUGAGAUCGAUACUUUUCGACAUGAAUUGACAAUUCAAUUGUCCUUGGGAUUCAAUCUGCUGUUCUUGUCGGUGGCGAGCACGAUGAUUGCGUUCGCUGUGGCCAUCGUGCUCACAAUGAAAUCGACCAACAUGGUAUGGGCGGAAUGCCUUUUGUUUUUGGUCACACUUGCUCCAAUAGUCAUUUUUGUAGUAAUGAAGUUGCCGCUGUUGCUGGAGCUGGAGAAAAGUAUUUGGAAGGGUCUACAAUUUCUUUGGAAGUUGCUUCCCAUGGGUUUCCUCACCAUAUUUUUUGAGAUUCCUUCCAAAUUUUUAAGCAACAAAUCUACCUGAUUUUCAUGCC